ACAAAAAAAAAUCAAAAGAAACUGUUUAAACCCUUGUUUGAGCGACGCUGCUGUCUAAAACUCUCUCACCGUCUCCGUCUCCGUCUCUGUCUCUCUUCUCCUCCUUCCCAAAUUUUCCGACAUGUCGUUGUCUACAUUCAACUUCCAUCCUUCAUCUUCCACCAUCAAUCUCUUCUGCAACAAUAACAACUACUCACCUAAACCCUUUCCCAACUCUCUCGGAUUCUCCACCUCUUCUACUUCUUCUUCCUUUGUUGCUCCUCUCAAAUUCUCUACCACCAAUCACUCCCUUAGCUCUUCGAAUCGCGUCCAAAGGCGCCAACUUUGGCUCCGCUGCGUCUCCACGGAGUCCGAGCCGUCGUCUACUUCGGCUGUUCCCGGCGGCUCUGAAGAGAGGAUUGUUGUUCUUGUAAUCGGUGGAGGAGGGAGAGAACACGCCCUCUGUCACUCCCUGAAACGCUCUCCUUCCUGCAAUUCUGUGCUAUGCGCACCUGGAAACCCCGGCAUCACCAGCUCCGGAGAUGCUGAGUGCGUCCCUGACCUUGACAUAUCAGACAGUUCGGCUGUCAUCUCGUUCUGUCGAAAACUGAAUGUGGGUUUAGUGGUUGUUGGUCCUGAAGUGCCUCUUGUUGCUGGUCUCGCCAACGACCUGGUUAACGCCGGUAUCCUCACGUUUGGACCUUCUUCUCAAGCUGCUGCUUUGGAAGGUUCCAAGAACUUCAUGAAGAAUCUUUGCCACAAAUACAAUAUCCCUACUGCUAAGUAUAAGACAUUUUCUGAUGCGUCUGCUGCUAAAGAAUACAUCAAAGAGCAAGGUGUACCGAUCGUGAUCAAAGCAGACGGCUUAGCAGCAGGAAAAGGAGUCACUGUCGCCAUGGAGCUAGAUGAGGCCUACGACGCUGUUGACUCGAUGCUGGUGGAAGGCGUGUUUGGUUCCGCAGGAUGUCAGGUGAUCGUGGAGGAGUUUCUCGAGGGAGAAGAAGCUUCAUUUUUCGCGCUUGUGGAUGGAGAGAACGCCAUUCCUCUGGAAUCUGCUCAGGACCACAAGAGGGUUGGUGAUGGAGAUACGGGUCCUAACACUGGAGGAAUGGGAGCUUAUUCUCCUGCACCGGUUCUGACUAAGGAGCUAAAGGAUGUGGUGAUGGAGACUAUAAUUCAUCCUACCGUUAAAGGAAUGGCUGAAGAAGGUUGUAAGUUUGUUGGUGUUCUGUUUGCUGGUCUGAUGAUCGAGAAGAAGUCCGGUUUACCUAAACUGAUUGAGUUCAAUGUCCGGUUUGGAGAUCCAGAAUGUCAGGUACUGAUGAUGCGUCUAGAGUCUGACCUCGCAAAGGUUUUGCUAGCUGCUUGUAAAGGCGAGCUAAGCGGCGUGUCGCUUGACUGGUCAAAAGAUUCAGCGAUGGUGGUUGUAAUGGCAAGCAAAGGUUACCCCGGUGCUUACGAGAAAGGAACGAUCAUCAGAAACCUUGAAGAAGCUGAAACCGUUGCUCCAGGAGUGAAGGUUUUCCACGCAGGAACGGAUGUUGAUGCAGAAGGGAAUGUUGUUGCGAGUGGAGGACGUGUUCUUGGGGUCACGGCGAUGGGUAAAGACUUGGAAGAGGCGCGUGAAAGAGCCUACUUGGCGGUACAAGAGAUCAAAUGGCCUGGUGGUUUCUUUAGGAGUGAUAUUGGUUGGAGAGCGCUUCGUCAGAAACAAGUAGCUACAAAAGAGUGAGUGAAGAGAAAAGAACUUUGUUGUGAACCAGAACAUUAAAGACUCACUUUAUUCUGUUAUGAGAUUAUUCAAAAUAGCUUUCUUUUCAUUGAAUUUUAAAUUUUAUUCAAAGUUUUAAAGAAUGUUUAGUUCCAUCAAUUAUAUUCAUCUAACCAUACCACCA